AGCCCCUCAUUUCAGUCCCCUCGUCGCUCCAGCCAGACCACCUUCCACUCCAAGACCCAUCCACGGACCUCCACCAUGAGUAAGAGCUACUCCGCGUCCUCCUCGGCCCAGACCGCCUCCUCCUACCGCCGCACCUUCGGCUCCGGCGUGGGCGCCUCUCCCAUGACCUCCUCCAUGUUCUCCGGCGGCCGCGGCUCCACCUCCUCCAUGUCCUCCAGGACCUACGAGCUCAGCAAGGGGGGCCACGGCUCGGGAUUCUCCGGCGUGCGCUCCUCCUACGCCGCCGUGCGGCGCUCCUAUGCCGGCAUGGGCGAGAAGCUGGACUUCAACCUGGCCGACGCCAUGAACCAGGACUUCCUGAACACGAGGACCAACGAGAAGGCGGAGCUGCAGCACCUGAACGACCGCUUCGCCAGCUACAUCGAGAAGGUGCGCUUCCUGGAGCAGCAGAACGCCACGCUGGUGGUGGAGAUCGAGAGGCUGCGCGGCCGCGAGCCCACGCGCGUGGCCGAGAUGUACGAGGAGGAGAUGAGGGAGCUGCGGAGGCAGGUGGAGACCAUGUCCAAUCAGAGGGCCCGCAUGGAGGUGGAGCGAGACAACGUGGCCGACGACCUGAAUAAGCUGAAACUCAGACUGCAGGAGGAGAUCCACCAGAAGGAAGAGGCUGAGAACAAUCUGUCUGCCUUCAGAGCAGAUGUGGACAAUGCCACUCUGGCCAGGCUGGACCUGGAGAGACGCAUCGAGAGCCUUCAGGAGGAGAUUUCCUUCCUCAAGAAGAUCCACGAGGAGGAGAUCCACGAGCUGCAGUCCCAGAUGCAGGAGACCCAGGUCCAGGUCCAGAUGGACAUGUCCAAGCCCGACCUGACUGCGGCCCUCAGGGACAUCCGCACGCAGUACGAAGGCAUCGCCGCCAAGAACAUUGCAGAGGCUGAGGAAUGGUACAAGUCUAAGGUGUCAGACCUGAGCCAGGCAGUGAACAAGAACAACGAUGCCCUGAGACAGUCUAAGCAGGAGAGCAUGGAGUUCAGACACCAGAUCCAGUCCUACACCUGCGAGAUCGACUCCCUCAAGGGAACCAACGAGUCCCUGCUGAGACAGAUGCGUGAGAUGGAGGACCGCAUGGGCAGCGAGAACGGAGGCUUCCAGGACACCAUCACCCGCCUGGAGGGAGAGAUCGCCAAGAUGAAGGACGAGAUGGCCCGCCACCUGAGGGAGUACCAGGACCUGCUCAACGUCAAGAUGGCACUGGACAUCGAGAUCGCCACCUACAGGAAGCUGCUGGAAGGGGAGGAGAGCAGGAUCACUACCACCACCACCAAGACUGCCCCGUCAGGCUACGCCUCCAUCAGAGGAGACUACAGAGAGACCAGCCCAGAGCAACAGCGCUCCGGUGAGUCGUUCUCCAAGAAGACAGUCCUGAUCAAGACCAUCGAGACCCGAGAUGGAGAGGUGGUGAGUGAAUCCACACAGCACCAGCAGGACAUCAUGUAAACAGGAAGAGGACACAGACAACGGCGCGACAACGUUUUCGAAACACGGGACGAUUCUAGCAACUCACCAGCAGGGCUUGUUUGCAAAUGUCCUCUCUGGAGAAUGAGUGAAUGAACAAGAGUGUGACGGUCUGAAACAACUGGGUAGAAUGUUUGUAACAUGUUUCUAACAUGUUUUAUAGCAUGGUUACAACUCACUAUGUACUGCUGAUAUCAGAAUGACCUUUCGCUACAUGUGCAGGAAUGAAGGAUGAAGGUGGAGAGAGAGAGAGCGAGCGCCUGUAAUGAUGAGAGGAGGAGAAGGAGGGACUUAGAAGGGGACUCAGUAAAGUCAUUAGUUGGAGCUCUGGAGUGUAAAAGUUUCAGUUUGUGUGAAUGUAUGAGUGUGUGUGUGUUUGUAUGAGUGUAUGUGUUUGUGUGUGUUUAUGUGUGUGUGUACACGUCUUUGGUGUGGGUCUCUCUGAACACCAACAUUCUUAAAUAAAGAUACAUGAUAAAAAAAAA